AAAUGUAAUUUUGUUUGUUGUCAUUAAUGUAUGAGUUCCUGUGGGCUCCCGUGGCUACUGAUUUCAAGCUCCUACUGGUAGUCCAGGUCUCAGUUGAUUGUGUCUAUCAUGAGGACUAGCCCUGCUCUGUGGUUCUAUCUAUUCUUUCUGCUAGGGAACGGCCCUUUUGGUGCUGUGGCUAAUGUCUGCUCUCGUUCCCUUCCUUCUCCAAGUAAUAAUGGUAGUGGAUCAUUCACUGGUGGAGUACAAUUACUCAUUCCUUCAUGGACCUUCUCUUGUCAAGGAGUUAUUGAUAAUUGGUUUGCUCAUGUCAUUGGUAAUACAUCAGUUACUGUUGGGAGUGGAAUUGAGUUUCAAGUAUUAAAACCAGAUCCUGUUAAGAGUAAUGUCUACAGUCUUAUAUAUGGUAAUACGUAUGGAGAAGGUGGUGAAUCAGCUACUGGCAGUAGAAUAGAGCUUAAGGUUUUAGGAACUGGUUCACAAGUACUUCUUCCAGUACGUCCAGGCUAUAUAGUAGGAGUAUACAUUGAUUCAAAUGCAGUUAAUAAGUUAAGUCUAAUACAUGACAACACAGCAGAAGAUAUUGAUAUUUAUUAUUGGGAGAAUCUAACAGGACGAUUGUGUAAUGUUAAUCUUUCUUUAUGUGAUGCUAAAGUGAUGAGAGGAGUAAGACCAUUAAUUGGUUGGAUAUUCAGAAAUGUUACUGUUGACAAUUUUCUAUCAAAUCAAGAGACUACAGUACAGUUACUAAGAUCCAAUUCUCAAUAUUGUAAUGAAACUGAAGUAUCAUUAUGUCCCACAAUGUCCUCUACACUCAUUCAAUCACCAUCAUUAUCAUCAUCACCAUCAGUCUUCCCUUCUCUUUUAAUGUCUACUACUUCAUCCUCUACACUCACAACCUCAUCUCUUCUUCUCUCUUUUGAUUUGUCUUCAUUUGCUACUCCUCCUCCUCCUCCUUCCUCCUCAAUAUCACUUGCAACUCAUCCCUCCUCUCCUUACUCUCCUCCCUCCCUCACUCUUUCUCUCUCUCCCUCUCCUUCUCCUUCAGUAACAUCUUCAGCUACUCCUUCCUCCUCACCAACUGAUGGCAGUGGAAGUGGAAAUGGUGGUGGGGGUAUAUUUGAAGAUCUCUCAAUUCAAGUUGUUGCAGUUCUUGGUGUAAUAGUGAUCUUACUAUUACUGGUCAUCAUACUCUCACUAAUAAUAUGCAUAUGCUGUCUCUGUAGAAGCAAGACCGGUAUUGAGGUAUCCGGCUCAGUUGAAAACCCUGGAUAUGAUGGUAAGUAUGAGCUGAGGGCUCUACCAGUUGUUUAAGGAACAUUACCAGUAACUCUUCAUUACUGUAGUAUAGCUUGAUGUAUUAUAUUUUAGUGUACAUAAGUGGGUGUUAUUUUUGAACCAGUCAAUAGUUGGUGUGUUAUUAAUCUUGAUAGUGGUAUGUAGAGUUCCAUAAUGUCAUUUUUAGUAUUAUCAUUGUAUCAUUAUUAAAUCAGACAGUGUUCCUAUUCAAGUCAUAGACUAAUGAGUGAUAGUAAAUGAAUGAUAGUAAAUACCACUGGAGCACUGGUACUUGUUAUUAUUGUCAUUACUGUGACAUGUGUGUAACUGUGUAUUAUAAAUCAGUUAAUGUCUAAAGCUUAUUGGAUUACAUUGAUACAAAUGAUACACAUAAUACCAAACAUUAUCUAGCAGUCUAGAAGUAAUGUGUAGUAGCUUUCAAUCACAAACACACACAUAUAUACACAUAUAUAUUGCAUGUAUAGAAACACACUGAAACUGUAGUACAGCGAUUCCUUUGAUAAACAUUUAAGAUAGCCUAUAUAUGUGAAUUGAAAUAGAUAUUACAUGCAAGUAUAUAAUCAGACUUCAAUCACAAUAUACAUGUAAAGCAUUGCUUAUAUGCAUCUACUGUUGCAGUGUUUGAAUUGAUUGUCCCAAUGUAUAUUUGUAAUUUGUAUAAAAAGUAAACUGGUGUGAUCCCUUAUACAAACUAACCUUUUACUGAAUGUACACACAUGCUGGCCCUUUACAAAGAAGCUUUAAUUGAUAACAGUUAUUUUAAGAAUAAUCAAAUAAUCAACACAGUAUAAAGGCCAUUGGUAUAUUGUAUGGCUGCUGGGGCAGUGUUAAGGACAGAAUGGGCACUGUAAGUGUUUAUGCUUUGACUGGACGGACUCUAAUCUCCAGACAGGAUAAACUAAUUUCUGGGUCACAGUUUGUACACUUUGUUGUGUUGCUCUUUAUUAAUGUCAUACCGUCCACCAUUUUUGUAUUGAGAUGUAAUAGAACCGACAGUAAAGCAUGUAAUGAAGAGCCCUUUAUGUGAUUAGGGAGGGAAAGAUUUGUAUAAGGAUGCUGUAUUUGUACAGGAAACUAGAGGAGUACAUCGUCAAGUACAUAAUAUACAUCUGUGUAAUAACAAGCAUGAAUGUUGCUUUUUG